GGUGCGCUCAUUAGUGUAGGUUUGGCUGUGCUGCGCGUAUAGACAUGCAUCAGGCGUGGAGGAGGGGGCGCUAGUCAGUAACAUGGACACAGAUGUAAUGGUGACGGUGGUGACGAGAGUUAGGUGGCCGUCUGCCUUUCCGUCUGGUCCAGACACCUUAUUACCCAUCAGUUUUCGCAGUGAGCUAAACUUUCCCCAAAAGCUUGCGUGUUGUGUUUUGCCAUUCAUCGUUCCUUCCAGAGCACCGCACCACCAUUGUUGCAUGUCCAAGCUCAAGCUCACCUAUUGCCCAAAAUAUACUGCUGUGCCCUCCCCAUUGUUCUUCGCACAGAGGACAUCUCGAGGUCGCCUGCAGGAGUAUGAAGACCGGCGGUCGUCGAAUCUCGAAUCGUGGCAGCAAGCAUAGAGGGCAGUCGUCGUCUGCAUCAUCUUCAUCGUCGCCAGUCCGGGCAAGCCUGGCAGACCACGCGCAUGGCAUAGGCUGCUUGGCCUAAAAAGGAAGCAUCCACAAGCCCACUUUGGUGUGGUGCAUCGGAGGAGGAGAAAGGUGCCGUUCGCAGGGGCAUCGGCGCUUCGUGCAGAGGGAAGGCAUCAGCUGCCCGAUUCCGGAAUCGCUGUGGCCAUUGCAGAGACCGGUCAUCUCCGAUCUCGUGCUGCACAGUUGAAGGGGAUUUGGCGCCCUUGCAUCGCCAUUGCGGAAAGGGGAUCCAGCUCUAUAUAAGGGCAUGGCUGCGGUAGGCGUGAAGCGCAAACUCAUCGUCGACAAAUCCCCUACCCAUCACCUCCUCCAUUUGCCUCCGUCGCCCAUCGCUUUGCUUAGAAGGAGGGGGCUACCUUCAGAUCUGGAAUCCUCUGAGGGUUUCUUCACAUCUCUCCGUUCGGACGCUGCUUACACCGCCACCACCGAAGAAGAUGUGCAAGCUGUAGCUCGCGCCGUCAUCUGCAUCGCCUUGAACUUCCCUGAAGCCAUCUGCCAGUUGGUGCGCCAGCUCACCCCGGGGAACGUUGCUGUGGCGCUCGAUUGGGACCUCCUCGACUCCGAUCACCUUCGGAAGGUACAGCCCAACAUUUUGUGAUUUAUUCCCCAUUUUUUUGCUUGCAUGACUUUGGUUCAUAGAUGGCUGCUGGGCACACCACUUGGAACGAGGCGGAGCUGCAAGCUUUCCUCGAGGCUUACAUGGAAGAGAUCGAGGCACGAACCAUCACGAGCACCUGCCCAAACCGCCAAGGCUACGCCAACCUUGAGGUCAAGAUGUACCAGAAGGCCCAGAAGGUUGUGAACCACACUCAGUUCAGAAGGCCCAGAAGGUUGUGAACCGCACUCAGUUGAAGAACUUUGGGGACACUUAUCGCCGACGCUUCCAAACAUGGUGCUGGCUGGAGUCGAUGGCAACUGGCCUUGGGCGCUGCCCAUUCACGGGAAACAUCCUUGCAAGCCCUGAGUGGUGGACAAGGAUGGACCAGAUGAGGAGAGGUGCCCGUGCCUUCCGCAACGGUCCCCUUCUCUUCACUCCAGAGAACCACACGGUGUUUAGGGGUAGGGUAUGUACCCUAAACCGCUCUGGGGUCCCUGUGAGCCCAUGCGCCAUCUCUGCAGCUCCUCAACAGGCUGAAAUCCUCGACAUUGAGGAUUUGACUGAGCAAGCGCAGCAAGAACCCGAGGAUCAAACUCCACGGCGUGGCAAGAGAACACUCACUGGUGGAACAUCCUCUGGCAGCAGCUCGAAGUGGUCAAGGGGAUCUUAUGCCAGUGGCGCACUGAACCGUUUGGCGAACCUCCGCAUUCAGUCAAACGAGAGCAGGGCCAGGCGCGAAGAGCUCAAGCAAGCAAAGAGUGCUAGGGCCUGCAUGGAGCUGUUGAAGGCAGACGGAGUCAGCUCCAGGGACCCAAUAUACCACAUGGCCCUCCGGGUAUUUCGUGAUGGCUUCUUGCGCGAGUUUUUCCUUGAUGACUGCCCCACACCGGAGGGGAGGCUCUACUUCAUCCAGUCCCAGUAUCAGGACAUGGCCCAGUACCAGCCACUACCCCCGCCUGGUUUUGGAGGAUACCUCCAGUCAGCUCCUCCCGGUAUUGUGGUUGGAGAGGGUUCUGGUUAUGCUGCCGAAGCUGAAAGAGUUGGAGCUGGAGAUGAUGAGGACGGUGCUGAUGAUGACGGCGAGAGAGUUGGGGACAACAAGGGAGGACAAGGUGGUCAUGGUAAAGGUGGUGAUGACGACGGCGAUGAUGGAAAUGGUGGUGCUGCCGGCUAUGGGGGAUCUGGUUAUGGGGGUGCUCUCUACGGGGGCGUCCCUGGAAGCUAUGAUCUUUCCGGAUAUGCAAUGUUUUAACAUUGCAUGACACUAUCUGAUAAUCGAUCCGUCUGGGAGUUCCUGUCGAACGAUGAGUGUGCCAGACCAUGAGCACUUCUUUUUUCGAACGUGUUGUCUGUCUCGAAUAAUUUUUGCUCGACUUCAUCUCGAGCAACGUAACUGUGGUAUUAUGUUGAGUGUGUAGGUGAAAACAAUAUCGGCACAUUUCGUUUGAUGUAGCUUUUCAAUAAGUUUGCUUAGUCCCUAGUUAUCUUGUUAUUCUGCCUAUUAUUGUGUGUUGCAUUCUAUAUUGACAUGCAGGUUGGCGACAUGCAGGUUGACUGACAUGCAGGUUGUACUGCCUGGUGAAAAGCGACUGAGCACUUCAUUCAAGUGCUAAUUGAUGAUGCUUUCUUUGC